AUGACGCCAUCGCCAAGAAUCGUGGGUGCAUCCUGGCAGACACGCGCCUUGGGUACAGUAUGGAGCAGUUGCCAAAAGGGUGCCCAUGCUGCGGGCUUGCUUUCCUGCGAUUCGAGGAUGGGUCUUGGAAAGUCGUUGCAAGCCUUGGCAUUGCUAUGGGCUGUGCUCUCCAACAACCUCUUGCGGAAGGCUGGAUCAGCCAUUAUUGUUUGCCCGUCCUCUCUUUGUGGGAAUUGGCGUGCGGAAGUGAAGAAGUGGUUGGGUGACAAGCGCUUGAAACCAACGGUGAUCGAAAGCGGGAAAGAGAAGAUUCUCAGCCAAAUCCGUGAAUUCCGAGACUUUGCAUCUCGAAGGCUUUUGGUCAUCUCCUAUGAUCAGCUUCGGAGACAUGUCCAGCUCGUGGAUGAUGUUUGCGACCUGUUGAUUUGCGAUGAAGGUCAUCGGUUGAGAUCGCAGGGUACGGCGACCUCCAAAACACUGGGGCAGAUGCGAUGUCGCCGGCGGAUCCUUUUGAGCGGAACGCCUUUGCAGAAUGACUUGGAGGAGCUCUUUCACUGCGGUCGUUUUGUCCGUCCUGAUCUCUUUGCCCCACAAAGCCCUGGCUACAUGGCCCCGAAAGCAGCGGCCUGGGCUGUGCAAUGUGCACGUGAGCCGCUAGCCACACCUGAAGAAAAGGCAUUGGGGCAGCAGGUCACACGUGAGCUUGAGCAGAAGACUUUGCAAUUCUUGCUGCGACGCACGAUGGAGAUGGUGAACUUCAAUUUGCCGCCACGUGUGGAGAUCGUUCUCCGACUUCGCCUGGCUCCAGUACAGGUUGCUGCCUACCAAGCCCUCCUCAAUGACCUGCAUUGUGGACCGCACAGCAUGGCCAAGGCUUUGAAGUGUGGAUGCCAAGG